GUUAUGAUGGCAUCUCACUCUCUAAACAAAGUUCGACCAGACCAGACCAUCGCCAGUCAUGGAUCCGAGAGAAAAAAUGGCAGAAUUGGGUCCCUUGGAGUGGGCGAUUGUUGGAAAUGGGGCAUUAUUGCUUCUACUUUUCGUCGUCCUUCUCCACAUGAUCUGUCGUCUUCGCACCCUGUCGAAAAGGUCAAGUGUCGGAGAUCCAGAACACGGCGAUAGUCUGUUUGCUCCAAACUCUCCACAUCAUCCGUACAGCACAUUUGUAGCACUCCCACCCAAGGACGAAUCGCCUCUGCCCCCACAACCAAUUUGGAUACCGGUUCACUACUCCACGCUGAGCAUGCCACCGAGGAGGGGGAGGUGUCAGAGUUGCAGAGUUGCGUCUUCCUCCCAUUAUCCACAUUUCUCGUCCACUCUUCCAAAGAAAAAGUUAAAUGUGGACUUUGCCAAAUAAACUUGUAGCGAUUAUUUAAUUUUUUACCAUGAUUGAUUUUUUAGGAGAUACUUAAUAAAUCGCGUAAAGUAAUACUAACGCAUGUCUUGUGAGGUUUGUUUCAACUGUAUUUUGUAUGUACUACAAAUAUGCAGAUACAAUUUAAUUCAAUUUUGUAAUACUCAAUAGUGCUUUGGAUCAUAAUAAAAUCAUGGGAUCCGAAAAGUAUAAACGCACCGACAUUAUUUUUCGACACCGCUUUCUGAUCAUUUAGAAGAUAUUUAGAGCAGGGGAGGCAGGACAACGCUGUUAAAAUGCCAUGAAUGUAAUGAAAUUAUGAAUAAAUAUUUUAUCCAAAA